AUGGAAAAUAUUUAAAUUCCACUAGAAGAAACAGAGCAAGUUUAUCCUCCUUAUUUACCAAUAAGAACAGAAAAAUAAUUAAAUGAAAAACCUUAUACUCUAGUUUUAGAUUUGGACGAAACUCUGGGACAUUAUGUUAUAAAAAGAAAUAUUUUAAAUUUAUGUAUAAUAAAAUAAAAAAUAGAAUUAAGAAUAAAAAAAUUUAAUUAAAGACCAGGAUUAAACUAAUUUUUAGAAGAAGUAUAUAAUUUUUACGAAAUUGUUAUUUUUACUGCUGGAUUAAAAUUUGUAUAUAUUUUUUUAUUCAAAAAAAAAAACUUAUAAAAAAACAAAAAAAAGUAUGCAGAUUCAAUUAUACCUUCUUUUGAUAAAAAAGAGUUAAUUUCUCAUAAAUUAUAUAGAAAACAUUGCAAAGCACAAAAUCAAUAUCAUAUUAAGGAUUUAACAUGCAUAGGUAGAGAUUUAUCAAAAACAAUAAUAAUAGAUAAUAAUUAAUACAACUUUUAAUUAUAGCCUGAAAAUGCAAUUUUUAUUAAAUCAUGGUAUAAUGAUAUAAAUGAUACUGAAUUACUUGAACUUUCUAAAUUAUUAAUAAGUUAAUUUAUUAUUAUUAUUAUCUAAAAGAAUAAGUUUUUUUUAAUUUAUUAAAAAUAAAUAGAUAUAGUAAAAAAAAAGCCUUAAGACAUUAGAAUAGCACUUUAAAAAUAUAGAGAUAAUAUUAUAAGAUAAAUAUCAAUUGGAAUAAAUUAAAUAAAAAAAAAUUGA